AUGGGCAUUUAUAAGUCAUAUAAACGCCGAUUUCAGUUAAAGAAUGCACGUCUUAAUAAACAACAUAAACGACUUAAGGAAAAGAUGGUUAUAAAUGAAAAAACAACUAAUGAAGAGGUAUCUGUCGAGAUUGAAUCCACCAGAAAUUCAUUACUCAAAGAGGCAUCAAUCGAAGGGGCAUUAAUUGAAGGGGCAUCAAUCGAAGGGGCAUCAAUCGAAGAGGCAUCAAUCGAAGGGGCAUCAAUCGAAGGGGCAUCAAUCGAAGAG